AACAUACGAUCAAUAAUCAACAUGGCUACGGUAUCGCCGCUCUACCAAGGUUCCAGGUUAUUCCUUUCUGCUUCUGGAAAAACUGGAAUUUCUUUGGACCAAUUCAACUUCGUGGUAGCCCAGUUCACGGCGCUGCUGUUUGGCUUUCUCCUCCGCUACUGGCUGCCUCACAGUGCAGGCAAACCACAAUGGAGAUCUGUGUAUUGCCUGGUGACUGGGCUAGCACUUCUCUGGUUUGUGAUUGGAUGGUCACUCUGGGUUGUUUUGGUCCAAGUCACUGUCUGCUACACCAUGAUGAAAUUCUUCCACCAUAAAUUCAUGCCACUAGUUGUAUUUUUCUUUGCGCUGGGCUAUAUGCUGGUGAUGUAUGUGCUAAGAAACCAACAGAACUUUGACGACCUCUGUUACGAUGCUACAUACCCGCUAAUGAUUACCACACAAAAGGUUACUACUCUGGCGUUUAGCAUCGGGGACUGGAAAGCUCUACAGAAAGGGAAGAAGAUGCAGGAAGAGAGAGUGAAGUGGGCUGUCAGUGAAGUCCCUUCAGUCCUAGAGUUUCUUGCCUUUAUGCUGAGCUUCCAGGGUAUUUUAGCCGGCCCAUUCUGCCAUUACAGUAUGUUCAGAGCUUUUAUAGAAGGAAAUACAAAGGAAAGACUAGAGAAAAGCAAAAAUGCUGUUGAGUACUUGGAUGAUCCUUCGUCAGUAAUGCAAGCAGUGGUGACCAAGAUCCUAGCUGUGUUUCUGUGGAUUUUUGUGACAGCAUGUGUCAAGCCACAUUUCCCUGAUUACACUAAUGUUGAUCCAGAGUUUAUAGCCAACAAUAACUUUGUUGUGCGCUUAGGUUACCUGUACAUAUCUUUGUUCUUGCACAGAUCCAAAUACUAUGUGUCCUGGAUAUUAGCUGAUGCAGUUUACAAUUCCUCUGGUCUCGGGUAUGCAGGCAAGGAUGAGAAGGGGAAACCAAGGUGGACUGCUAUGUCUAAUGUUUUUGUAUGGAAAAUUGAGACUGCUACAAGUUUAAAGGUGUAUUUGGACAACUGGAACAUCCUGACAACACACUGGUUGAGGCAUGUGUGUUACAUGCGUGCUCCCUUCCUCAACACACUGCUGACCUUUGUCUUGAGUGCGCUGUGGCAUGGUCUAUUUAUAGGCUACUACAUCACUUUUGUAUCCGCUGCCUUCUUUGUGGAGGCUGGUAGAAAGAUCCGCCAAAACAUCCGUCCAUUGUUCCAGACUUCCAAAGCCUCCAGGUUUGUCUACGAGGUGCUGACCUUCCUGGGUACCCAGUUUGGCCUGAGCUUCCUGGUCUUGUCCUUUGUUAUACUGCACUGGGAGCCGUCCAUUAGGUUUCACAGUUCCUUCUACUGGUUCUAUCAUGUCAUGGUGGGGCUGGUGUUAAUUACACUGCCGUCUCGGAAAAGUUCCCGACCAGAGCCGGCCACCUCAACUGUCGACAACAAUCAUGAGAAGCUUCCACAGGAGCCAUCUAAAGAGAAGCUUGCACAGGAGCCAUCUAAAGAGAAGUCUCCUCAGGAGCCAUCUAAAGAAGCUGAAGAUGGCAUUGGAGAUGGGGAGAGGCCUCGCAAGCGAGAUGUUAUGUUUGUUCAAAAGUCUUAAAUUUAUAGUUGCUUGCUCUGAAAUGUUAUUUUACGAUAUUUAAUUGGUCAUCAAAGUGCUAUGUAUUAUACUCUGAACUAGAGGACUGUUCAUUCACUCAUUGUUUUACAUUAGUCAUUUUUGCCAGAUUUUUAAAUUUAAAAAAUGCUGAUCAUGUAGGCGAGUGCGGGGUAAAGUCAAAGAUCUGGAUAUGCUGAAUGUCAGUAAAUGUGGUAUGCCCAUCUGCUUAACAUAUUUACUAAUUAAUAAGCUUGACCUAACGAUUUGUGAUCUGAAAAACCUGCAGACCUCAUGUGGUUAUGUUGAUAUUUUUUUCUUGCGUUUUUGUUUUUAUCUUUUUUUACCAAGUACCUGUUUAUUUACUUUAACCCCUACCCCCCUGGAUUAAACUUACAGGGUCCAGCAACAACUUGUGUCAAGUUCUCAUUGUUUUAACCCUGUAUUUACCAGAUUUUUUUUAUUUGAAAAAAAAAAGUCUUCUUACUUUGAAAAAUAUUAUCUUCUAACUUUAUUUGAAAAAUAUUAUCUCCUAUCUUUGUUUGAAAAAUGUUAACUUCUGUGUGUUUUAGUUUUGGAUUUCAUCUCAUUGAUGAUUAUUUUAGUGUUUUUUACUUUUUUUCAAAACAAAUUUGAAUCUGUUCUAAUUCUUGAGCAUGUCGUUCCUGUUGUUGUUUUAGGGAACGGCUUGUUCCUAUGCUUGUUGUUUUAAUUUUGCUAAUUAAGUAUAUAAUGUUAGGUUGUUGUUUUUAAAACGUUGUCUUAUGGUUACCAGAUUUUAAUUGUUGCUUUUUGUGAACAUUUUUUUAAUAUUUCAAAUGAAUCAAGUCAACCAAAAAAAAAUAACAGUGUCUACCAAGUUUGUAAACAAGAUCCAGAUUCCUGAUCUUCCUGUGGCUUAUGACCUGACAAAGUUGUAAUCAGCCAUGUUGUUACAAUGUCCCAUCUAUUUAAACUGCUGUUUUAUCAGGUGAAUGGCAAUUGGUUGUGUGAUGAUUGUUUUUUUUUAAAGGGUUAGUGUUAGUUGCAACACAUCUUAUUCUACUUGCAGGGUUAGGAUUAG